ACCUUUUUUGGCUUGGAACAAAGAUGGCAGAAGAACCUCCAGUGUCUUCUGAGAAGCUCAUUGUACAUUCAGAGGCUCACAGUGGUACCAUUCUGGCUAAUUUUGAGGAACAGAGGAAAAGAGGCUUUCUCUGUGAUAUAACUCUAAUAGUGGAAAACGUACAUUUCCGGGCCCACAAAGCUUUACUUGCUGCCAGUAGUGAGUAUUUCUCAAUGAUGUUUGCAGAAGAAGGGGAGAUAGGCCAGUCAAUUUAUAUGCUGGAAGGUAUGUUGGCAGACACAUUUGGUAUACUGCUGGAAUUCAUCUAUACAGGUUAUCUUCAUGCUAGUGAAAAAAGUACAGAACAAAUAUUGGCUACUGCUCAAUUUUUAAAAGUGUAUGACUUAGUAAAUGCUUACACUGACUACCAAAGUAAUCAUAGCUCAACAAAUCCAACCUCUUUGGCUACUGGUGGAGCUCCAGUAGUGGUUAUUUCCAAUAAGAAAAAUGAUGAUCCUCCAAAGCGAAAACGAGGGAGACCAAGAAAAGUAAAAAAUUUGCAAGUGGUAAAACCAGAAAUGGCUUCAGUUGAAGACAUCCAGCUCAGAGAGAAUAAUUCUGUUCAAAAUAAACAAAACUCUAUGGCAAAAACAGUAGAAGGAAGCAAUAGUAUAACAAAUGAACAGAUCCCAGUAAGAGAAGUGGAAGAAUCUGAGCGUGCUUGUGGGUCAGGCGCUGUGGAAAUGCCAACAGAAGAAGAUGAGAACUGUGAUCCUAAGACCCAGGAUGUACAAGGCAGUCAGAGUCGCUACAGCAAGCGUAGAAUUCAGAGAUCUGUUAAACUUAAAGAUUAUAAACUUGUUGGGGAUGAAGAUGAUCAGUAUUCAGCCAAGAGAAUAUCUGGAAGAAGAAGACGCCCUGGUUCUGAGGCUCGCUGUAAAGAAUGUGGCAAAGUGUUUAAGUACAAUCACUUUUUAGCAAUCCAUCAGAGAAGUCAUACAGGGGAACGACCUUUCAAAUGUAAUGAGUGUGGAAAAGGUUUUGCCCAGAAGCACUCAUUGCAAGUUCACACAAGGAUGCACACAGGGGAACGGCCAUAUUCCUGUACUGUUUGCAGUAAGGCUUUAACUACAAAGCAUUCUCUACUGGAGCACAUGAGCCUACACACAGGACAGAAGUCUUUUACCUGUGAUCAGUGUGGAAAGUAUUUCAGCCAGAAAAGACAGCUAAAGAGUCAUUACCGAGUCCAUACAGGCCAUUCAUUACCGGAAUGUAACCACUGUCAUCGCAAAUUCAUGGAUGUAUCUCAGUUAAAGAAACAUCUGAGAACACACACAGGUGAAAAGCCAUUUACUUGUGAAAUCUGUGGCAAGUCUUUUACUGCAAAAAGUUCUCUUCAGACACACAUCAGAAUACAUCGAGGAGAAAAGCCAUAUUCUUGUGGCAUAUGUGGGAAAUCCUUCUCUGAUUCCAGUGCUAAGAGGAGACACUGUAUAUUACACACAGGCAAAAAGCCUUUUUCCUGCCCCGAGUGUAAUUUGCAGUUUGCACGCUUAGACAACUUGAAGGCUCACUUAAAAAUCCAUAGCAAAGAAAAACCCUUUCCAGAAGCUCCUAAUGCUCCCAGCAGCAGCAACCCAGAGGAAGUUAGGAAUAUUCUCCAUCUCCAGCAGUAUCAGCUUUCCACCUCUGGAGAGCAAGAAAUUCAACUCCUAGUAACAGACUCAGUCCAUAACAUCAAUUUCAUGCCUAGUCAUAGUCAAGGAAUCAGCAUUGUCACAGCAGAAGGCACCCAGACCAUGGCAGCAGACCAAGCUGCUGACCUUACAGUGCUCACUCAGCAGCCAGAACACCUGCAGGGUUUGAUUCUUUCAGCUCAGCAUGACCAAACGGAGCACAUCCAGAGUCUCAGUGUGAUGGACAGCCAGAUGCACACCUCACCGACUGAACAGGUGCAUAUAAUCACCCUGUCCAAGGAAACCCUGGAGCAUCUUCAUGCUCACUGAGAACCAGCUGAGGAACUUAGAAGUGGCGCCUUCACGCUCAGCUCAGCACAUACAGCAGACACAAGAGUCAAGCUGACAAGCCAGGAGACACUGUGUGGCCCAGCCCACACAGUUUAAUGAACAGUUCAACAAAAGUGUAAUUCUGUGUUGUUUGUCCAUAAGCUGACCAUGCUGUGAUUAAUGACACUUGAAGUCCAGCUUUCUGAUGAUGAUUUGUUGGUUCUAAUAUGCAGAGUUGUUUUCAUCCUUUCAGAUACUAGUAAAUUAAUAUUUAUAAUGCUUUACAUUCAAAGCUGUAAAGUGGCUUGAACUUGUCUGAUUUGAACUAUCAUGUGACUUGAACUGACCUGUUUGGUAAUAUUGGUGAAAAACUUUCACUUUUAUUCCAUCUCUUAGGUCUUAGAUUUUUCACUCAGGUGCUCUAUUAUAAUGAAGGCAAUUAUGACUUUUAUGUAAGAGUUGAAAUUCACACCCUUGUGUUAUAUUUCCAAUCUUGAGGAUGACAGUUCUGCUAAGUGUAUUUUGGGUCUUUGAUGAACUACAAAAGUCAGUCAUGUGUUAGUUUAAAUUUGACAUGUUUGUUGGUUUUGCCUCCUUGUUACUGAUGAAUACAGUAUUGCCACUAAAAGCUUAAAAAAUGCCAAGCCUUCAUAAUAUGUUAAGGAGUACAGUGUUUGACCCUCUGACACCAAAGAAUUAGUAACAGUCUUGUACUUGAAUUAUUUCAUGAUUCUGUAAGUCUACUGCAUUGUACUUGAGAAGUAAGAAUAUGUGGUAAAGCCCUUUAUUCAGGAUCCAAGCAAUCAGAAAACUGAAAGAACAUAUGUUUACAUAUACAGAGGGAACAUAUUCUGAACUCUACUUACAUGAGAAAAGCAACUGUAUCUUAUAAGUGUUUCUUAAAAGUAAUGUUCAGAGAAUGCCACAGGGGUGAGUAGAGAUUUCAGCCUAAUGUUUUUCAUCUUCAUUACUCUACGAUGAUACUUGAUAUUCUUGAAGGGUCUUCCAAAUCAUUGGAAAGGUAAUCUUAAAUCCAGAAUAUUACUACAUUCUAAUUCUCUGAAAAUUGAAUCUACCGUAGCCAGUACUAACUCCAGUCCAAUUUAGACUAAAGGAAAAUUCACAGAAAAGUUAGGCAUAAUUUUUUAAAAUGGCUUUUAAUGAUUAAAAGAGCAGAUUUCUUUCGACCCCUACUAAGGCUUACAGAAUUAGUAACCACUUUGUACUUUUAAUCAUUUUACAGUUGAGUCAUAAUAGAAAUAUUAAAUUGUGUUGAGUAUAAUUUUUAGUGCUAUGUAUUUUAGCUAUACUUUUCUGUCAGAUAACUAAUUAAGGGUUCUUGAGAAAUUCCAAGGACAUAAUUUGGUUGUUUACAAUUUAUAUAAUUGUGGGAUAGACUAGGAGUACCAGACUGGGCAUAGUUCAUUUGGGGUGGCUUUUGCAUUACUAGUUUUUUAAGUACCCCUGAUUUCUAGCCUUCAAAUAUAUGAUUUGCAGGUUGAAGUAAUAGUGUUCUUCAGGUUUGUUGAAGAAUCACAGUUCCUUUUUACAUAUUUGAUGUGCUGUAUUUUUGUUAUAUGGAACUCAAUUUCCAGAGUAAUCUAUUUUAUAUAUAAAAUGAAAAAAGAAACAUUAUAUGAAUUCUAACUAGGCCAAAGGUAGAAGCUAAAGUUUUAUAAACAGAGUUGUAGACAAAGUAUCAUUUUGUGUUCUGCCCUAUAUAGCUUAACCUUAUAAAUAAAUGUAAAAUAAUUAUUAACUCAUAAACAUUUUCAAACCUUCAUUUUCUCCAGAAGUUCUAUAAGUAGUAAAAUCAGAAUUUUGUUUAUAACUUCAUCUGGCAUAGUUACUUCUUGGGGGAAAAUGAGAAAGUGAUGAUAAUUUAUAAAUCUAGUUUCAUAAACUUUAUGAAAAUGUAAGCAGCUUGAGAGCCUUCUUUGUCCUGUAUGUAGAAAAGGGAUCUUCCCUUAUUUUUUUGCCUGGAAAAGAGAAAACUUGGGAGGAGACAUAUCAUCCAUCUUCAUUUCUUUAAAGCCAGGACCAGUGGGUGGAAGUGCAACAAGUGGAACACCAUUCUAACUGGUAACAAUUCUCUGAAAGUGGAAUGAACUGAGGUAGUGAGUUCCCCACAAGGGGGAGUCUUUUAACUUGAGGCUACGUACCUCUUUGUCAGAUAGUUGUUGAGCUUUCUGAAUGAAUUCAUCUUAAAUGCCUUCUGAUGUGAAGAUUGGAUGAUCAUUUGUAAUUAUGAGACCCCUUACUAAAGGGGAAGAAAGAACCUGCUCUUUCUAACUCUAGCUUUCCCUUUGCCCCUACACAUAUUCUAUCACUUUUAAAUGAAAACUCUUAAUGUAGGCAUGCCUCCCCCUCAGAAAAAAAAAAGUGAAGUGACCUAGGAAGGGAGCUAUAACUGAUGCAAAAUUUCCAAUUAUAGACGUGGUAAAAUUUGAUGAAAUUUGAGGUGGUAUUAUAUACCUCAUGGUAUAGAUUGCACAGUGUUUCACAGAAACAGUUUCAGCCCAAAUUAAUUUUGAAAUAAGUCUUGAAUUUAUGAUGAAUUGUAUGGUAACAACUUUAAGUAUUCUUGAAUGUAAGAGGUACAAAGGUGCCUUCUGGGGGAGAAGCUCUUAAUUUUUUUAUACUUAAGGUUCAUGGUUGAGUCAGUGUGCUACUACCUUUUGAUAGGAAGUUUACUGGUUUCUGUCAUUUAUAAAAUUAGACUAAAAGAUUAUCAUGAAGUGAGGGGCUAAUCAUUGGAAAGACAAGCUUCUUUAAAAAUGACUUAGUUAUAAAGGCUUUUGCUUAUAAAAAGCCUAAAAGUUCUUCCAUUUCUGCUUCCACAGUUCGGUUUGGCUUUUCCAAAUGAGUCUAGUACAAAAUCAUAGAAUUUCAAAGCUAAGAAGAGGAACUUAGGGGUCAUCUAGCCCAGGGCUGGAGAACCUGCAGCUUCAAAGACACAUGUAACCUUCUAGUGGCUUUGGGUGCAGCCUUUUGAUUUAUUGAGGGGAUUUGUUCUGUGAAGUUUGGAUUCAGUCAAAGGGCCCCACUUGAG